UUCUUCCCGUAUCGCUGCCGCCUCCCGACGCUGCGGGUGUCCGGGGUGUGUGAGCGGGCGGGCGGGGGGGGUUCGGACCCUCCCGGUAUCGGCCGGACAUGUCGGUGGCGUUCGCGGCCCCGAGGCAGCGGGGGAAAGGCGAGAUUACGCCGGCCGCCAUCCAGAAGAUGUUGGAUGAAAAUAAUCAUCUUAUUCAGUGUAUAAUGGACUAUCAGAACAAAGGAAAGACGUCUGAAUGCUCUCAGUACCAGCAGAUGCUGCAUACAAACUUGGUUUACCUAGCCACUAUAGCUGACUCCAACCAGAACAUGCAGUCUCUACUACCAGCACCACCCACACAGAAUAUGCCUAUGGGUCCAGGAGGGAUGAGUCAGAGCGGCCCUCCCCCACCUCCGCGCUCCCACAACAUGUCUUCAGAUGGUAUGGUAGGUGGGGGCCCUCCUGCACCACACAUGCAGAACCAGAUGAACGGCCAGAUGCCUGGACCUAACCAUAUGCCUAUGCAAGGACCUGGACCUAACCAACUCAAUAUGACAAACAGUUCCAUGAACAUGCCUUCAAGUAGCCAUGGGUCAAUGGGAGGCUAUAACCACUCAGUGCCAUCCUCACAGAGCAUGCCAGUGCAGAACCAGAUGACGAUGAGCCAGGGACAGCCCAUGGGCAACUAUGGUCCCAGACCAAACAUGAACAUGCAGCCAAACCAAGGUCCAAUGAUGCACCAGCAGCCUCCCUCCCAGCAGUACAACAUGCCCCAAGCAGGUGGUCAGCAUUACCAGGGGCAGCAGCCACCCAUGGGAAUGAUGGGCCAAGUUAACCAAGGAAAUCACAUGAUGGGUCAGAGACAGAUUCCUCCAUACAGGCCACCUCAGCAAGGCCCACCACAGCAGUACUCAGGCCAGGAAGACUAUUAUGGGGACCAAUACAGUCAUGGUGGACAAGGUCCUCCAGAAGGCAUGAACCAGCAAUAUUACCCUGAUGGAAACUCGCAAUACGGUCAGCAGCAAGAUGCAUAUCAAGGACCACCCCAACAGCAGGGUUACCCACCACAACAGCAGCAAUAUCCAGGCCAACAAGGCUAUCCAGGACAGCAGCAGGGUUAUGGCCCCUCACAGAGUGGUCCAGGACCUCAGUAUCCCAAUUAUCCACAAGGACAAGGCCAGCAAUAUGGGGGAUACAGACCCACGCAGCCUGGGCCACCACAGCCACCACAGCAGAGGCCUUAUGGAUAUGACCAGGGUCAGUAUGGAAAUUAUCAACAGUGAAAAAGUACUCACAUUCCAGUAGGCAAUAUCUACUAGCAGCCAUAUUGUCUCCUCAGCACUGUGGACACGUUCCUGAGAUGAGAACCUCCCAUUCAUUCUAGAUUUUGGAAAAAUGUUGUGGCUGUUCCAUGGUAUACAGUCUUUAUGGGUUAAUUGUUAAAGGCUGUAGAUUCUCAGAAACUGAUUUCACAUCUCUACUCUAGAUGGCAAUAUUGGACAGAAAAUAUGUGAUAUAACAAUUUGCAGUGAGUUGAGAUCUGUAUGUCAAACAGACUGUUACAUACUGAAAGGUGCAAACAGCUUUGUAUGUUUAUGAAGGUUAUGGGAAUUUAAUAUUUUUUCCACAGAUUUUUUUUGUAGGGGGAAAGGGGAAAUGCACACUUUUUACAGCAGCAAUAUUUUGUAUAUUAUGUUUUUCAUGUGGUAAAUAUGCAAGACAAGUACACUACUCGCUGGGCAGGAUAAGAAAUAUACUGUUAAAAAGGGGUGAGGGCAAGAGAAGUGAUUUUGUAAAAGUCUCGAAAUGGUGUACAAUAAAGGUGAUAAUGAAAAAAGAUGGAGAGCAUCACUGAUAGGUUCAUGUACAAAGAAAAAGAAACCCAGUUACCUAAAUGGGAGCAUAAUUGAGAACAGUAUAAUAUAGUCUUGUGCAAAGAUUAAUUUUUUAAGCUUUCCAGUUUUUCUGAGUGAAAAGCAUUUUUAUAAAAAUUGUUUCUAACAUAGUUUGACAAUUUUCUGCAAUGUUUUUUGGGUAGCAAGAUAAAUGUUUGGGGUUUAUUUCUCAAGUGUUUUGUCACAGCUUUGCAUAAGCAAGCUGUAAUCCCUCUUAAUAAUUGCAAUAACAAAAGAAAAUGACAAAUGUUAAUUUUACUUGGCUAAAUAUGCAAAGAACUUGCAAAAGAAUAGAGAGGACAGGACUAUAUUGUGUAAGUGUAUUUUAACCUUUAGUUGAAUAAUUUGUAUGUAUCAAAAUAGCCUAGAAGACUUUGUAAAACCUAUCUAAACUUUCCUAACUGGGAGUUAAUAUCUUUAGAAAGGGGGCAUUUUUUUGUGUGUCCAUUUUUCUUAUUGGUUAACAUGAGACCAAGGGAUGUAUUUUGACAUCAAAUAUAAAACCUGUUGGUGAGGUAAAUGCCAAAUUUUGUUUGAACUGCAUUAAUGCUUAUAGUGUUGCAUGUGAGAUAGAGGCAGCACCUUGAUCAAUAGCAUAGUACACAAAAAAAAUUGGUUUUGAGACUGUCCUGCUUCUGUAUAUCAGAUAAAUACAAGGAUAUUCUGUUGUGCAGGAAUACAUGCAUUCAGGAAUACCUGACAACUUUUAUAAAAGGACAAAACCUAAAAUUAGCCCAGGAGUAAAAUUUUGUGUGGUUUUCUUUUUCUUGGAUGAUCAUGUUGGGGGGUGGGAGGAAACUGGUAUUCGUAAUAUGUAUGACAUUGUACAUGGAAGACAAGAUUUUAAAUUUGUUCAUCAUUUUAAAAUGGAACACAAUUUUCUUAAAAUCAGUAGAAAAUGCGCAUCAAGGUUUGAACAGGUAGGCAUGAGGAACAUUAUUAUGAAUGAAAUGCUUGUAGGUUCUGUGCCAAUUUUCCACCACUGUGUACUUCAUUGCUAUUUAAAACUGUACUCCAUCAGUUCUAACGGAAGAAUAAAUUAUUUGUGAUUUU